AUGUUUAGACAAGUAUCACCAUUAGCUAGGGGUUUAGCUAGAAAUCAGCAUACAUGGAACGGUGCUCGUCGAUGUCAAUCAAGUUUUACGUUUCUCAAUAAUCAAUCCCUCCUACAGAAGGAACAACUAAAACAAUCAAAGAGAAAGAAUAAGAAGUCCUUUUACAAAGUAGAAGAUGAUGAGUACAGAACACAGCACAUACAGAAGAAACCAGAAAUGGAUUCACAGUCCGGAAAACCCAAAAAAUACGAUUAUUCAUGGCUCCCUCGUGUGCCAUCCACGAAUUACCUGAGACCACGCGAUAUGAGUUCAAAGAUUCUUUAUUCUGGUUAUAGACCACUUUUCUUGAAUCCUGACGAGUUGAAAACGAGUCAAGAUGGUGGUAAUGCUAAUAAUGGUGCAAGACUUUACGAAUUCGCGAUGAAAUUAGAGGAAUUAGGAGAACAAUCAUUAUGGACAAGUUCAGCAACGGGACAGGAAAUUUAUCCAGAAUGGGACUAUGUUCCUAUGGAAGUACAAAGGAAAUUGAAACCAUUCAAUGCUCCAGCACCAUUUAACGUUGAUAAAGAAGCCGAAAAGAAUUCACUGAAAAAACUAAAGGAAGAGAUUUACACCCAAGAGAAGGACAAAUUACUCAACAGAAGUAAAGGUCGUAAGAAACCAAUUGUAUCUCUCCUUCAACUAAGGAAAAAAUUGAAUCAGGAAGACUAG